AUGCCGCUCACGAGGGAGUCUGCACACUACUCAAAUAGCGCGACCGCCUCCGAUCGAGACAAGAAACCGGACAACCUCCUCCUCGCCAUCAAUAGGGUCCUCGAGACGCAGCGCCUUAGGGCUCUUCAAGGGUUCGUGGCCAAUCGAUAUGCGCGGAAUCUCACCCCGGAGAAAGAACGUCGAAUUUCUAGUAGAUUGGAAAGCGAUGGAAAGAACGCAACAGGGUACAUCAUCACGGAGCGCCUAGAAAUAGGUCAACUUGCUCGGUCCAUUUUGGUGCGCUGGAACUCGGCCGGAGACAAACCGCGAUACGACAUCGAUGCAGAUCGGGAUGCCCACACCAAUCUGAUCGAGACCAAAACCAAUGGCAGAUGGGAAGCUUUUAGUAGCUGGAUCGAGGAACUUCCCUUUCAAUAUACUGAGUUUGUCGGUAAGUGUGGCAUUAAAGAACAGCAGCGAUGGUGGGCUAAUAACGGCAAGCAUUUCCGCUUGAUGGAUCUUCCGAAGGAGCUUCGCCUAUGCAUCUACGAGCAGGCUGUUGGCACAGACAUCUAUCCAAGACUGAAAUGGGUUCGCCGUAAGAGUAUCGGGCGGAAGAUAGUGACAAUUGGAAAUGGCUAUAUUGGCGAAAAUGGAUUCCACCAUGAUAGGAAAGCUCCAAACCAUGCCCUCCUAUGUGUUAACAAGGUUGUCAACGAGGAGUCCACCAAGACGGCCUGGGAAGCGAGUCGCCUCAGUUUUUCCUCUUCAGAGAGUCCCAAUUCCGAUCUACUAAUUUCGCAGAUCAAGGAGGAGGUGCUCCCAAAAUUCAACACUCUAACACACAUCGGCCUAUCGCUUAGUUUGAUGGGUUACAUUACUUUCUUCGGAGUUCAGGUUCAGCCGUGGAUGGCGCUUGAGCUACUAUCGAGGGCUCAGAAAGUCUUUUCCAAGACAAAUCUUCCGGACUUGAACCGUCUCGACAUCAACAUCGCUUCUCCGAAAGUAUUCCAGCGUAAUCCUCGGUACCUGUGCAAGUUUCGCUUUCCCAUCAGUCCUUGGAAUGAGAAUGCCGUCCAGGCAGCCGGCCAACCUCCGAGUCCCUGUCAUAAGAUACUGGUGGAUUGGAUCAUAACUUAUGCUAAGGGCUCCAUCGAGCAUAUCCAACAUAUACAUCUGGAAGGAUAUAUCAAGACGAGUGUCAAGGAGAAAUGGGAUGCCAUCUUCAAGACCCAGAAAGCGGGGAACUACGUGAAUGUUAGCGACGACUUAGAGGCUCUCAAGGCCAUACCAUGGGCCGACUUGUGA